AUGGAUGGAAGAAUAGCAGGAGGUGCAGCAAUAGGAAUAGAUUUAGGAACGACAUAUUCUUGUGUUGGUGUAUGGCAACAUGACCGUGUUGAGAUUAUUGCUAAUGAUCAUGGAAAUCGCACAACUCCUUCCUAUGUUGCUUUUACUGAAAACGAACUUUUGAUUGGUGAUGCUGCUAAAAAUCAAGUUUCUAUGAAUCCCAUCAAUACUGUUUUCGAUGUGAAACGCUUAAUUGGAAGGAAAAUCAGCGAUAGCACUGUUCAAAGUGAUAUGAAGGUAUGGCCCUUCAAGGUCAUUGGCAAAGGUGAGAAACCCAUGAUUCGAGUCAAUUACAACGGAAAGCCGAAACAAUUUUCAGCUGAGCAAGUCUCAUCCAUGAUUCUCACAAAGAUGCGCCUAAUUGCCGAGACUUAUCUUGGUUCGAGUGUCACAGAGGCUGUUGUUACAGUCCCUGCUUACUUUAACAAUUCACAGCGUCAAGCGACUAGGGAUGCUGGGAAAUUCGCUGGCCUUAAUGUAACGGGAAUCAUCAAUGAACCAACGGAGGCCGCGAUUGCUUAUGGUCUUGAUAAAAAGGCAACCGGUGAGAAAAAUGUUCUAGUCUUUGAUCUUGGUGGAGGUACUUUAGAUGUUUCACUGCUCACCAUUGCCGAGGGUGUCUUUGAAGUCAAGGCUACAGCAGGGGAUACCCAUCUUGGAGGAGAGGAUUUCCAUAACAGAAUGGUGGAUCACUUUGCUCAAGAAUUCAAGAGAAAGCACAACAAGGACAUUAGUGCAAAUCCAAGUGCUCUUCGGAGGUUGAGGACUUCAUGUGAGAGGUCAAAAAGGAUCCUCUCAACUACUACUCGGACAACCAUGUGUUGGAGUCUUGCAACAAUAUAA